CGCCAAUCAGCAAUCAAAAAUAAAAUUCAUGACCGUAAGCCCAACGUAGCCUAGUCAUGUGAAAUCCAUGUAGAAGUUCGGCUGACAAUCUGCGCUUUUUUGAAAUUUGUUCGCAACCAACUUUCUCUGCUUCUCCUCUCUCACCCCUUCGUCUUUUGCCACGCGCGGCUGAGACUCCAAAAAUCCUCACUUCCCUUCCUCUACAACCAUCUGCUCGGCCAGAUAAAUCUCCACUCCAAAAUCUCCGCUCUACCAGAAGUUGUGCCAGCUCUCGAAUCGCAACGAUCCCCUCGGCCACGUUCCCCUCCAAAAAACAACCCCGUUUCGAAUAUUUACCCAAACUUUCACCCACCAACUUCUCGCAAUAUACAAGAUAUCAGAACGAAACACCUCUUUGUCCGAUCUCUGCGAAUUCCUCGCUAUAUUCUAAAAGGGCGUUCCACGCUCAAGAAUGCCCCACCACGUAUCGACUCCCCGCACAAUGCCCACCAUGAUUUCGAAGGCCGCUGGCCCAGCGCCAACACAAGAAGAGGUUGCCGGGUUGUUGGAUUCUAUCUUCACUGCUGCUACAUCUGAUGCUUCGGUGUCUGCCGCGUACGCUCUGUGUGAUUUGUUCUUGAACUCCGUUGGAUUCCGCGGAUUGUCGCAAUAUGGUGUUCUGGCUGCUAUCAAGAAGGCUGCUGCCGAUAAGAAGAGUGUAGCAAGAAGAGAGUGUGCCCAGAACCUCCUGGGAGCACUCUUCGAGCGUCUGCCACCCCAGCAAAGAAUCAGCGAGGUCAUACUCAUGGUUCAGGAUGGUGGUAUGGUUGCCUGCGCACUUGAUGCUCUGGCAGAUAAGAGUUCAGUUGUUCGCGAGUCUGCCCAGUACGGUCUGGAUGAGUUAUUCAAGAACCUCAGCUCAGAGGCUCUCAUUGUUGGUCUUCUCCCAGCCCUCUCUACAUACCUCGCAAAGGCCACCGGAAAGUGGCAAGGAACUGUCGGAGCAUACAAGUUGCUCCAGAAGAUGGCAGAUAAAGCCAAGUUAGAAGUUGGCAGCAGCAAAGAGGAGGCAAACGACAAGGACAUUCUGCGAGAGGCAAUGGGCACAAAACUGGGUGGUUUGAUCCCAAUCGUGGAGGCUGGCAUGCACGACUUGAAGGCCGAGGUUGAGAAGCAAUCUGUUGCAACCAUGAACUCCCUCACGACACUCCUUUCCAACGACGAUGUUGCUCCACGAAUUCCGCUCUUGAUUGCUACUAUGCAAAACCCGUCGACCGAGACCCAACAGAAGGCUAUUCACGCCCUUUCCCAGACUACAUUCGUUGCCAUUGUUACGGCUCCAGUCCUCGCCCUUCUGACACCCCUCUUGGAGAGAUCCUUGAACACUCCUUCGACCGCCCAAGAAGUACUCCGACAAACCGUCGUCGUCGUGGAGAACUUGACCAAGCUUGUUCACGACCCAGUCGAGGCCAGAACUUUCUUGCCAAAGUUGAGCCCUGGUGUAAAGGCUGUCAAGGAUAGAGCAUCCUUGCCAGAGGUCAGAGAUUUGGCUACGAGAGCAUUGGCUGUUAUCCACAAGGCUAUGGGUGAUGAUGAUGGUAGUGCCGACAGCGGCGUUAUUGAGCGUACCACCUCUGAUGAUGUUUCUAAGAUUCUCGAGGCUGAGAUCAAGAAGGCUGGUGGAUUAGGUGGUGAUCUUGAUGUUUUCAAGAUCGCCAGACCAUAUAUCGGUACCAUGGUUGCAGAGGAUGUCAACCACCGCGAAGUCAACCGUAUCUCCGCACGAGUUGCUCCCUAUCUUGCAAACAUUAUGAAGGAAGACGGUGCAGCCGACAAAGUUGGGGCUGCUGUCCAACAGCACUACAUCGAUGAGGAUGAAAAGAAGUACGGAAAGCCAGUCAAAGAGGAUGAUGGUGAAAUUGAGAUUGUCAAUGCCGAUUUCUCUUUGGCUUACGGAGGAAUGCUUCUUCUCUCCCACACCAACUUACGCCUCCUGAAGGGCCACAGAUAUGGUCUUUGCGGUCGCAAUGGAGCUGGAAAAUCCACUCUUAUGCGCAGUAUCGCUACUGGAAAGCUCGAAGGCUUCCCUCCUCAGGAUGUCCUCAGAACCUGCUUUGUCGAGCACAACCAGGGUGAGGAUGCUGAUAUCAGCAUUUUGCAAUUCGUUGCCAAGGAUCCCGCGAUUGCAGAUCAGGGUAUGGACCGUAUCUCCGACGUCUUGACCGAGGUCGGAUUCACACCUGGUCCGCAGGGUCGCCAGUCCGAGAAGGUUGGAUCCUUGUCCGGUGGAUGGAAGAUGAAGUUGGCUUUGGCUAGAGCAAUGUUGAUGAAAGCCGACGUUCUCCUGCUCGACGAACCUACCAAUCACUUGGAUGUUGCCAAUGUCAAGUGGUUGCAAGAGUACUUGAAGAGCCAUACCGAGAUCACCAGUUUGAUCGUUUCUCACGACUCUGGUUUCCUUGAUGAGGUUUGCACAGAUAUUUACCACUACGAGCCAGGAAAGAAGCUUGCAUGCUACAAGGGUAACCUUGCAGAGUUCGUCAAGCAAAAGCCCGAAGCUAAGAGUUACUACACCCUCUCGGCUUCGAAUGCCCAAUUCAAGUUCCCACCUCCUGGUAUACUUACGGGUGUUAAGUCCAACACUCGAUCCAUUCUCCGAAUGACCAACUGUUCUUACACCUACCCUGGGGCUUCUAAGCCAUCCCUCCACGAUGUUUCCUGCCAAUUGUCAUUAUCUUCCCGAACUGCCAUUAUUGGAGGGAACGGUGCCGGAAAGUCGACUUUGAUCAAGAUGCUUACUGGCGAGACUAUCCCAACCACUGGUCGUGUCGAGAAGCACCCCAACUUGCGUAUUGGAUACAUCAAGCAGCACGCUCUUGAGCAUGUUGAAAUGCAUUUGGAGAAGACACCCAACCAAUAUCUUCAGUGGCGUUAUGCCAAUGGCGAUGAUAGAGAGGUUCACAUGAAGCAGACCCGUAUCUUGUCCGAGGAAGACAAGGCCCAGAUGGAGAAGCUGGUCGAUUUGAAGGACGGCAAAGGUGGUCGUCAGAUUGAGGCCAUUAUGGGACGUCAAAAAUGGAAGAAGUCCUACCAAUACGAGAUUAAGUGGCUUCAUAUGCUACCAAAGCACAACUCUCAGAUCUCCCGAGAGACUCUUAUGGAGUUGGGAUUCGAUAAGUUGAUCCAGGAAUUCGAUGAUCACGAGGCAUCUCGUGAAGGUCUGGGUUUCCGUGAGCUGUCACCAAAGGUCAUCUCCAAGCAUUUCCAGGACUUGGGUCUUGACCCCGAAAUUGCCGAUCACAACGAGAUUGGUGGUCUUUCUGGUGGACAAAAGGUCAAGGUCGUCUUGGCUGGUGCUAUGUGGAACAAUCCCCAUUUGCUCGUACUUGACGAACCCACCAAUUUCUUGGAUCGUGACUCUCUUGGAGGACUCGCUGUCGCUAUUCGCGACUACAAGGGAGGUGUCAUUAUGAUUUCUCACAACGAAGAGUUCGUUGGUGCUCUCUGCCCCGAGCAGUGGCAUGUUGCGGAUGGUCGUGUCACACACAAGGGAAACCUUGCUGUCGCAGCCGAUCGUUUCGAGGACUCUAGCCGACCUGGAAGUGCUUUCAACAGCAGUGUUGCAAGCAGUGCGAUGAGCAGUGUUGUCUCCAGCGCCAAUGCCAGCGCCGCCAACAGUGGAGCAGAGGAUAAUGGUGGAGACAUGAGCUUCAGAGCUAAGAAGAAGAAGAAGAUGACCAAGAAGGAGUUGAAGGAGCGGGAAGUCCGAAAGAGGCUGAGACACAUCGAAUGGUAUGAUUUUACCACUCUAUCAUAUAUUGGUCAUUUGCUAACCUGUAUCCAGGCUCAACUCUCCCAAGGGAACUCCCCACCCAGUCGAUACAGACGACGAGGCAUAGACGUCCAUGCGUCACUUUGUCGUACAUAACGAACCAAAAGUUAUUUACUCAUUCAUUCCGUGGUGGAGAUGUAAUCAUGUGCGAACAAGAUAGAGAUUCCCUUAGAGCAAGCAUUUGGAUUGGGCGGUUUGACAGGCCUACGAAGUAGCCGUAUAGAGAUGUCUUUUGUCACUACAUUUCGGCCCGUUUGGGCUUUUCGUUGCGGGAUUCUGCAUCACUUUUUGACAUCAGAAUGGCGUUCGCGUUUAUAGACUGGGAUUUGUUUGGGAAAGAAGGAGAGAAAGAAAGAUGAUUGAAUGUGUUUGUUCAUAGAGAGAUACGAGUUGUAUCAAAUUGAAUUGAGCCAUAAUCAGGGCAAAUUCAUCCUGCG